GUACCGGGUCCGGGCAGGGAGAGUCCGUCCUUGCCUUUUGCCUAGUUUUCGUCUCGUUUGUACGGUACGGUAGUCUUGUCACUUAUCAUUCGGUGGGAGAGUUGAAAAAUCACCUUUGGGCUCCCUUCUCUACCCCCCACCCCUUCUUGCCCCGUUUCUGCUCCACAUCCGCCCCAGAGGAGAGAAAGGGAGAAAGAAAGAAGAAAGAAAAAAGUCGCUUCUUCGCGGUGAGGCUGCAAGUGAUAAACGGUGUGGUCAGCCAUCCGAGGACCGGCCCACGCUGCCCCAAUCCGCAACUCCAAGCUCCAAACCCUAUCCUCUCUCGCUUCUAUCAUACCUAAUUAUCCACUUCUCCUCCCUCCACUCCUUUCUUCCAAGACCCAAACUUGCGAGCCCUCCGACAUCACCGAGAUCUCUUCCGCGCUGCCCUUUUUACCAGGCAAUCACCCAUAUCGCUGGAGGUUGAUACCUUCCAUCAUUAUCCUUUACGCUACCGUGCUUAACGCGUCUGGGCGCUUCUGGCCACUGCUAUAUCUCCGAGCAAACCUCAAUUGACCUGUAUGUAUCCGACAAAGCUAUCCCUCCCGGGUUUCUCCCGAGUUUCUCCCUCAGCACCCCUAUCUAUUGUGCACCGCUCUGUUCCUCUGACCCAACGAAAUUUAGUUUCUCGCGAUAAUGACUCCCCGUGCUGAGAGUGGCGCAGCGCGCAAGCGCAGCCAGGUAGAUAUUCCCUUCAAUUCUCAUCCCUAUCCCCAACCCUUUGCGGAGCACAGAGAUCAAAUCUAACGGAAAUUAAUCUGUCUCGUGUAGCCGUCAUCCCCGGCCUCUGAUAAAAAUUCGCCCAAGAAAGUCAAGCGCCAGUCUGAUGGCGAUGUUGACGAAGUCGAUGCUAUAGUCGAGGAUAUGGAGCCGGAGCCUCAGGAACUUCCGGAUUCUCCACUGAAACCUCAAGGAGAUGUUACGAUCACUCGCACUCCAGCAUCCUCCCCUCCUCCCCAGGACACACAGGUAGCUUCGCAGUUUUACUAUCCACCGCUUGCUGAGCAAGGAGUCGACGAAGACGACGAAACCAUCUGGGGAUACCUUUGGCCGUUGACGCAGAAAAAUCAGAGUGUCAUCAAGCUCAAUAAGACACCCCAGGUUUCUACCCCAAAUAGGGAAUCCCCGAAAAGCGCGGAAAAGAAGAAACCUAAAAAUAAUAAGAAACAUGGAGCCGGCGGAUUCGUGAUUGGACGCCAUGUCGAGUGUGACUUGGUCAUUGACCAUAACGUUAUCUCAAAUAGACAUUGUGUGAUAUACAAGGUAGCAUAUUGUCCUCCCGUACCCCUGGGACGCCUAUACGGAACACGAAUGACGGCUAACCAUGUGCUGUGCUUGGGCAGGAGAAUGCUGGUUCGCAACCUGUUGCGGUUCUCGAGGAUUUAUCUAGUAAUGGCACCUGGGUCGCCGGUGUUAUAAUUGGUCGUAACCGCAGUCGUACCCUGGAGAACGGUGAUGAAAUCGAGUUCCCGGGCGGAUUUCAGUACACUUUCAGAUACCCGCCUCACAUGCAAUCGAGCGAUUUCCGCAACGCUUACGAUCUUGGCCAGCAGCUUGGUUCCGGUCAUUUCGCUACUGUUCAUCUCGCUGUUGAGAAGAAGUCGGGACAGGAGUUUGCCGUAAAGAUCUUCAGGAAACGCCGUAAUGAGGAUAAGAGCAAGACUUCUGGGUUGCAGCAAGAGAUUGCCGUAUUGAUGUCUGUUAACCACCCCAACAUAUUGUGUCUUCAGGGCACUUAUGACGAGGAUGACGGUGUCUAUCUUGUUCUGGAAUUGGCUCGUGAGGGGGAGUUGUUCAACUAUAUUAUCCGCAACACCAAACUUUCGGAGGUGGAUACUCGCAAGGUUUUUGUUCAGCUGUUCAAUGGCCUGAAAUAUCUGGUUUGCUCAACCCUGUAGAUCGGAUCGUAUCUGUUGGAAUCCUUGCUGACCUUGAAGGACAUAGCAUGAACGCAAUAUUGUUCAUCGCGACAUCAAGCCGGAAAACAUUUUGCUUUGUGACACCGAUCUUACGGUUAAAUUGGCGGAUUUUGGCCUUGCCAAGAUUAUAGGCGAAGAUUCGUUCACCACCUCACUGUAUGCACUGGUUUCUUUUCCUCGCUGUGUUGUCAGGCUGUGGCUUAGCUAACUUGGGUUUGAAUAUAGCUGCGGAACACCUAGCUGUAAGUCUUUUAAUGCUAUUGUCUGUGGGUGGGGACUGACAAGUUUAGAUGUGGCACCGGAAAUCCUAGAACCCUCUCGUAACAGGAAGUACACCAGGGCUGUUGAUAUGUGGUCCCUCGGGGUUGUCCUUUACAUUUGUCUAUGCGGGUUUCCACCGUUCAGUGACGAGCUGUACACGCAAGAUGCCCCGUAUAACCUAUCACAACAGGUUUGCUGCACUUCUCAUUCUCUUACGCUUCGCUGUUUACCAUUGUGUCUAACACGCCCGAAAAGAUUAGAGAAGCUAGAUACGAUUUUCCAUCCCCCUACUGGGAUGAUAUUGCGGACCCUGCACUCUACUUGAUUGAAUCCAUGCUUGAAGUAAACCCGAACAAGCGGAUCACUGUCGACAUGGCGUUAAAACAUGCCUGGACUGUUGAAGGCACUUUUAACCCGGCGGAAUCGUGUGACUCUCUGGUUGGAGCUCUCGAGACGAUGGGACUUAGGAGGAGCGUCGGUCGUGAGCGCACGCUGUUGGCAGAGCAUCCGGAAAUCAGACCGACUAGGGCUGUUGAGGCGGCUGCCAUUGCGUCGCCCGUUACAUCACCUUCGGUGGUCCCUGAGUCCGAGGGCGGAGUGGAGGAGGCUAUGACCAGAGAAACAGAGGUACGGGAAGGAAACCCUUCUGAUAUACCGGCCGUCAUGACCGCUUUUAUGCAUGUUGGGGGGCGAGGUGGUGAUGAAACUUUGUACCCUGACGAUUCGUUUGCCGAGAGCGUUUAGGUUUGAUUAGUUGGCCAGAGGGGAGUGGUUUGUGCGAGCGCAAAUCUUUGUAUCUUGUCCAGAGCCACAUGGGCCCGCCUUAUUCUUUUGCGCGCUUCUCCAAGCAGAUUACUCUUAGGUUACUCCAGAGCUAAAAGGGGGCUGGUUAGUGAUUUCUCUUCUUCUGGCGGACCUUAGUGGCACUUGCAAGGGAAGGACGGGCGAAUAUUCAGGUGGUAUCUUUUCAGUCUUUUCUUCUUUUUUUUUCUUCCGGGAUUUCCUUUCCAUACCAUAAAAACUGUCCCUUCUCCUUUCUCUACAUAAGCGAGGUUUAAAUAUCUGGGGCUUAUCUUCGUUUUCCCUUAACAAAAAAUUAUUUUCACUGGGUCUCAGUUUAAAGGGUGGCGAGCAUUACUAUUAUUAUUACUGAUUUCGACUCUUGAUUGGGUGGUGAUGGUGGUGGGGUUAGUGAUGUCGAGUUUUGUUUCUUCUGAGGGUCAAUGUAACCAUAAUUUUCAUUUUUCCUUGUGAAUUACCUUUCCGCACUGCUAUGGUAAAGCUUGUGAGCUUUUAUUUUUU